CCCGAGAGAACAAAUUCCAGAAAUCUCCAUGGGCGAUUGCAGGAGAAGAAGCUGAGCAAUUCGAUUCCUUCCUCCCACUCCCACUCCACGCAGGCUCCGCAGCCAAGAUCAAGGCAACGACCGGGAAGAACAAAUUCUCGCCUGAAGAAACGAGAGGAAGCAGCAAAUCGCCGCCGAUUCGCUCGUCGGAAUCCCCACCAUCCAAUCCACCGGCGGCGGGGGGCCCUCACCCUAGGGGAGGGGGUGGGUAGCGCGGCUGGUGGCCGGAACCCUAUCCUAUCCGAUCGGCGUGGGCGAGACCACCUCCUCUUUUUGCCGCCACGCGCGCGGGGCGGCGGCCGUCUGGUUUUGCGGGGCGGAUGCCGGUGGGCGCGCGCGCCCACUGGUCUGGCAGGCAUCGGCGGCGCCUCGCUCCGCGUGCCCUCGCGCUCCCGGCGGCGGCGGCGGCCGUUCAGCUACUUAUGUAGCCGCUUGCUACUAGGGCGCUUUCGUCGCUCGCGUCGUCGCGCGUUGGCUUUGGUUGUGUGGUUUUGAAUGGGCCAGAUGGUUUCGGAUGAAAAUUUUGAAGAGCAGGCCGCUCGUAAUGGUGGAAUUAUCAAGCACGGAAGGGAAAUCCUGUUCCAGGCUUUUAACUGGGAAUCCCAUAAGCACAACUGGUGGAGCAAUUUGGAGGAAAAAGUUGUUGACCUAGCACAAUCGGGGUUUACAUCAGCGUGGCUGCCUCCACCAACACAGUCAUUAUCUCCAGAAGGCUAUCUGCCGCAGAACCUGUACUGCCUCGACUCUUGUUAUGGUUCCCUCCAUGACCUACAAGCAUUGCUUCGGAAAAUGAAAGAACACAAUGUAAGAGCUAUGGCAGAUGUUGUUAUUAACCAUCGAGUUGGGACUACUCAAGGAUCGAAUGGGAUGUAUAAUCGUUAUGAUGGUAUCCCAGUAUCAUGGGAUGAACAUGCUGUUACAUCUUGUUCUGGUGGAAAGGGCAACGAAAGUACCGGUGAUAACUUCGAUGGGGUUCCCAACAUAGACCAUACACAGCCAUUUGUACGGAAGGAUAUUAUUGACUGGUUGAUCUGGCUUCGAGAAAGCAUUGGUUUUCAAGAUUUCCGCUUUGAUUUCACGAAAGGUUAUGCAGCGAAGUUUGUGAAAGAAUACAUUGAGCAAUCAAAGCCUCUUUUUGCGGUGGGGGAAUACUGGGAUAGCUGUGAAUAUAGCCCCCCUGAUUACCGUUUGAACUACAAUCAGGCAGAUAAACACAGGCAGAGAAUUAUCAAUUGGAUGGAUAGCACUGGAGGACUUUGUGCUGCAUUUGAUUUCACAACAAAGGGUAUUCUUCAGGAAGCUGUCAAAGGUGAGUUGUGGCGUUUGCGUGACCCUGAAGGAAAGCCGCCUGGUGUCAUGGGCUGGUGGCCUUCGAGAUCAGUCACAUUUGUUGAAAAUCAUGACACAGGAUCCACUCAGGGUCAUUGGCCAUUCCCAUCUGAUCAUAUCAUGGAGGGAUAUGCUUAUAUACUUACUCAUCCUGGCAUCCCCACGGUGUUCUACGAUCAUUUCUAUGGCAAAGAUGAUUCCUUCCAUGGUGGAAUUGCAAAACUGAUGGAGAUCAGGAAAUGCCAGGACAUACAUAGCCGCUCCGCAGUCAAAAUCUUGGAGGCCAGCUCAGAUCUGUACUCUGCAAUCGUUGACGAUAAGUUGUGCAUGAAGAUCGGGGACGGCUCCUGGUGCCCGAGCGGCCCAGAGUGGAAGCUGGCGGCCUCUGGUGACAGAUAUGCUGUUUGGCACAAGUAGAUAUACCAACAUAUAGCAUUUCUUUCUGCUGAACAUGAGAUAUGCUAUUUCUUCAGAGCCCGAACUGUAUAUGCUAGUACCAUGGUAAUUUAAUCAUCUUCAAUGCAAUACCAGAGAGCAAACCACUUGCAAUUUAUCACAUGCUCACAGCAGAUAGUGUAAACUGUAAUGCGAAGUGUAAACUGUAAUGUGAAUACGUAUACUGUAAUGCUUGUGUGCAUAUAGGAAUAAGAGAGUGUUUAUUUAUAGAAAGCAUUCUUGGAGGUUGAA